AUGUACAUCACCCUCUACUACAUAGUCACCCAGCUCCCUAACUCCCUUCGCUCGGUCAGGGACCACUUCCUCUCUAUUUGCCCCACCACACUCACCAUUGACCUCCUCAAGGAGCGCCUCCUAGCAGCUGGGAAGAGUAUAGUCGCUGUAGGAGCCUCUCGUGGUAACCCUCGUAUCCCCUUCUUUGAGGGGUGCUCCCCCUCCCCCCUUUUGCCCUCUGUUGCCUCUGCUACUGCGGUCGACCUCGUUGGCACCGAGUCGGUCGGCGCUGCGUCUGCCCCUAGCGAGAGACGCCGCACCGGCAAGGGCAAGGGGGGCAAGGGCUCUGGAGGAGCUGGCGGGGGCGGUGGAGGUGGCGGUGGAGGCGGUGGAGGGGGUGGGGGUGGCGGUGGGAGUGGUGGAGGGGGUGGGGGCUUCGGUGGCGGCGGUGGAGGCGGAGGCGGCGGUGGCGGUGGCGGUGGGAGCGGAGGAGGCGGCGAUGGCGGCGGUGGCGGAGGUGGCGGCGGCGGCGGUGGAGCUGGUCGGGGUGGCUCUGCGCAGCGGGUCGGCUUUGGUGGUGGUCCGCGCCAGCAGCAGCAGCAGCGCAAUCGUGAGACCCCGCCCCCCCAGCAGCUUCUUGAGUGGUACGCUGCGCGUCAGCGGGGUGGGGGUGCUGGUCCCUGUGCCUACGUCCUGCGUACCGGCGACCGCACUGGUGAGCCGUGCGGUGGCCCGCACACCACCCAGCGCUGCUUCGGCCGCCUGACGGACGCUUGGCGUCACCAGUUCCCUGACGCCAUUAAGAUCCCUCGGUGGGGCGAACUGCUUAGGUCGGGGGUUGCUAUCUUUGAUCUUGAUUAUGAUGCUAUUCUUGCUGCCAUGUAUGUUGUGUCUACUAGUGAUGAAGAUGACUGUUACCUGUGUGUUCCGCCUGACUCGGGCAUUGAGGCUCCUGCUCUAGGUGCUGGUGAGGCUGCUGCUCUAGGUGCUAGUGCGUCUGCUGCUCCAGGUGCUGGUGAGUCUGCUGCCCAAGGUGCUGGUGAGUCUGCUCUCUCAGGUACCACGUCGGCUCAGGCCUUACACACCUUCACCCUUGACUCGGGUGCUUCCCGCUCCUUUCUUCGAGACCGCACCACACUCACGCCGCUUAGUCGGCCGGUUGUGGUCUCCCUGGUAGACCCCUCUAGGGGUCCUGUCCUUGCCCUCUUCUCCACUGUCUUACCGUGUCCGGCGGCCCCUUCUGGCACCCUGUCAGGUGUUUACCUCCCCUCGUUCUCUACGAACUUGGUGAGUGGUGCUGAUCUACAGGAUGGGGGGGUUGUCCAGUUCACUCCUGUGAGUCAGCGAGUGACCCACUGCACGUGUGCUCGGACGGGCCGACACUUGGCAACGUUUACCCGUCGGCCGGGGUCGAGCCUGUACACACUGACUACUGAGUCUCCUCCGGUUGCUGCGUCUGAUCAGGUAGCUGCGUCGGGUCAGGUGUUUGCUGCAGCGUCCAGGUCUGGUCCUGAGUCUGCCCUCUGCUCGUGUCGUCUCCUGUCUCACCAGACACUCCUGUGGCACCACCGCCUUGGUCACCCCUCCCUACUUCGUCUCCGAGGCAUGGCCUCCUGUGUCCUUGUCUCUGGUCUCCCCCGGUCCCUCCCUCCUCUUCCUCCGGGGCCUGCCCCUACCUGCAUUCCCUGUGUCAAGAGAGUCCUCUCUUCCUGCUCUUGCUGA